GAGAAGAAGCCGCCUUCGGACGGCGGGAGCGGGCGCCCUGGGCACGGAGCACGGCCUUCCAAGCGCCCCUCGGGCUCCUGGCGCCGCCAAAAGCGUCCCUUCUGUGGGGCGGAUCCGGGGCACUGCCAGAGGCUGCCUCUGGUUUCCCAGCGCUCCCUGCGGAGCACCCGGAGCCGGCUCUGACGGGACGGGGGCUCCCGGGGGCUCCUGGGGGCGUUCUUCACUCUGGGGCCCCGAGGCUGCUGAGGCGGGAGCCCCGCCCAGCCGCCCGCUGCUCCCUCCUCCUGUCCCUCUUCCGCGAGCGCCCAAGCUGGGCUCUUCCUGAGGGGGCACGGACCUCUGCUCUAGAACCGGGUUUGCCUAUUUGUGGUACAAGUCAGCAGCCAGGCAGUGACCGAGGACUCUCCCUAUGAAGCCCAACGGGCCCAGGAAAUCGAGCGCCUGUUCGGGCCCAAGGGCAGCGCCGACGCCUACGACGUGAUUCUGGACCUGCACAACACCACGGCCAACAUGGGCUGCGCGCUGAUCCUGGAGGCGCCGCGGGACGACCUGCUGAUCCACAUGUUCCACUACAUUAAGAGCCGCCUGGCCCCCCUGCCCUGCUUCGUGUACCUCAUCGACCACCCCACUCUCAAGUACGGCACCACGCGCUCCGUGGCAAAGCACCCCGUGGGCAUCGAGGUCGGCCCCCAGCCUCACGGGGUGCUCAGAGCCGACGUUCUGGACCAGAUGAGGAGAGUGGUCGGACACGCCCUGGAUUUCAUCCAGCAUUUCAACGAGGGAAGAGAAUUCCCUCCCUGUUCGCUGGAGGUUUACCAGGUCAUGGAGAAAGUCGACUACCCCCGGAAGAAGGACGGGGAGAUUGCGGCCAUGAUCCACCCCAGCCUGCAGGACCAGGACUGGAAGCCGCUGAACCCCGGGGACCCCAUGUUCCUCACACUGGAUGGGGAGACCAUUCCUUUCGAGGGGCCCGGCCCGGUGUACCCCGUGUUUGUGAAUGAGGCCGCGUACUACGAGAAGGGAGAAGCCUUUGCCAAGACCUGUAAGGUGACGCUGACCGCCGGGAGCCUUAACUGCCCCGAGCCCUAGGUGGCCCCCAGGCCCUGGGGCGGGUCCCGGCCUCUUCUUGGGCAUUGCCCCUGGCCCCGGGAGCCAGUGUUUGCUGGGGCGCCCGGAGCUCUCGGCCUCCCUGCCCCCGCUCUGCACCGGGGCCGGCCUGGCGCUGCCUGUGACACGGGUCUGGGGGAGAAGCGGGGCCCUAAUAAAAUGUUCCUCUCUCUCCUGGGCUUCCUUGGGAGGCAGUGGGGGGGCGGCCACCAAGGGAGCCCCCUCAGCCCUUCCAGACGUCGCCUUUGGGGGGGGGCCUCCAUCCAACAGACUCAUCCCAGAAAAUAGGUGAUGGGCGCCUGGCUGGCAGCCUCGGCCUGCCCCCCCCCAGCCCCGUCACGCCUCCCCUCCCACCAGACUCCUGCUCCCUGGGCUCAGAGGGAAAAACAAGCGCGGAGCAUCCCAGAGAAAAUAAAUAUUUAUUAUAAACCUGA